AUGGAAGUUUGCAGGGGCCGUUUUCUGGGGAUAUCGGUGGCAGUUGCGCACGGAUUCUUCUCGGGAUCGCUGAACAUUUUGUUGAAAUUUCUCAUUACGACUUACAACUUCAACUACCUCACGCUCAUUCAGUGCCUGACCAGCAUCACUGCGGCGCUCACCCUCGAGAUCCUCAGGAGACUUGGAAAGAUUGAUAUCCCCCCGUACAACCUGAAUUUGGCCAAAGUUUUCGCAAGUGUAUGCAUCCUCUCCACGCUGCAAUCCACUCUAACCCUCUGGUCUCUGCGAGGGCUCAGCCUGCCCAUGUAUGUGGUUUUUAAACGGUGUCUACCUCUCGUCACUCUGGGUAUCGGAGUCUGCCUCCUGAAGAACGGAGUCCCCUCCUUUGGGGUGACCGCAGCGGUGCUCAUCACAACCAUUGGAGCCGCUUUAGCCGGAGCGGGGGACCUCACAGGCGAUCCAUUUGGGUACGUGACGGGCGUCCUGGCCGUGAUCAUCCAUGCCUCGUACUUGGUUCUGAUCCAGAAGACGAGCGCGGACAGCGACUACGGCCCGCUGACCGCCCAGUACGCCAUCGCCGUCACCGCCUCCCCCGUGCUGCUGGUCUGCGCCAUCGCCAGCAUGGACUUCAUCGACGUGUGGUCCUACCCAGGCUGGACCAACCCCUUCGUCCCCUGCAUCUUCGUCACCUGCAUCCUCAUAGGCUGCGCCAUGAACUUCACCACUCUCCACUGCACCUACAUCAACUCCGCCGUUACCACCAGCUUUGUUGGGGUGGUGAAGAGCAUAGCCACCAUCACCGUGGGCAUGCUGGCAUUUGAGGACGUGAAGCCCACCCGCCUGUUUGUGGCUGGGGUUGUGGUGAACACGGUGGGGUCGGUCACCUACUGUGUGGUGAAGUAUUUUGAGACGAAGAAGAAGAGCAAGUACCAGGACCUGGAGGAGGCCAGCAAGGAUGAGGAGUUGCCCGGACAACCGUACACAGAGGAGAAAAAGCCCAAUGGGGACCUGGAGAUCAUGCCCAAUGGAGAUGUGGUGGCCCCUGUGGAACCUCACCACUGCAAUGACUCUACUGUACAAGAGGGUGGCUCAGUGGAACCCACUGAAUUACAGACACAUGGAAACCCACCGCAGAACGGGGCCAACAAUCUGUCUUUGAGUGACAGUUAUGUAGGAGUGUGGAGGUCUAUUCGGAACAUGAAGUUUCUGAAGAAAGACACUUUAAUCGAUAAUAUGGAGGUACAAAGCCCUUGA